UCUCUGGCACACCACAUCUCUGUUGAAUGUGGACCAUUGACAUUCUUUUUAAACCGUCCAUUGUGUUCAUUCAUGUGUGUGGGGCCCACCUGAUGAGUUAACUGGCCUGAUUUUUUGGGCCAGGUCAUUUGAUGGUGGGGCCCACCUGAAGCACGGUUUGUAUGUUUCAAACACUUGCUAGGUGGGCAUAUGUGGCUGGGUUGGAGGUGCUCAUGGGCUUUGCAGAGCUCGGUUAUGUAUAGCGAAACAGAGAUUUUACUUGUAAUGUUAUGAGGUUUUUACCUAAGGGAAUGUUUGGAUAUGUAGAAUCGAAGGCAAAAGAAAGGAAAAAAUGAUAAUUUUCCAAUGAUGAUUUCCAUGAGAAGUAUUGAAACAUGAAUUCCAAUUUCAAGUUCUUAUUUCGGUAGCAAGUGGAAAUCUCAUAUUCCUCUCACAAUGCUCACCUACUUUCUUGUGCCAAGAAUCCAAAUUAUGGAGAAGUGCAAUGAUUUCUUGGUGGAAUCCACCCAUUUCUUUUCUAUCGAAACAACAUGAACCAUCACAUCAAAGGAAAACCCUUUCCCUUUCGCUGUUUGGCAUGGAAUCCAUGGUUGCCAAACAUGGCCGAAAUGUUUCAAAUGGUUGAUGUGUGGAGAGGAUGGAGUCUCUUCCAAGCUUUGCUUCAAACGCUGAAGAGAAUAGCUUCUAAGCAUGGUGUCUCUAUCCCUAUUGUUGCUAUGAAAUGCAUACUAGAUCAGCAAGCUGUGGCGGGGUCAAUGGUAGGUGUCAGACUCGGUCUCUCCGAGCAUAUCCAAGAUACGAAUGCUGUGUUUUCACUUGUUUUGGACGAUGAUGAUGCAAGCAACAUCCAAGAAAUAUCAAGGAAAGGGAAAGAUCUGCUUAAAAUGAUCGGCGAUUGUGGUGAUGAAUACAGGCGUUAGUACAUACCAUAUUAAGUAAUGCACCAGCACAUGAGUCCCAAUCCGCAUUAAUGUAAAUACAAUUAUUUUUGAGGUCUGAUUGAGUACAAACAUUUGUAAGUUAUUUAUUUAUUUGUGGAAGUUUGUAUCAGGGAGAUUUUAUGGAUCUCCUUGAAAUUGCUGAAAUUGUUCAAGUGUAAUAUUGUCUGAAAUUAUCAUCCAAAUCAUUGAGAGCUGUACAUUUCUGAAAUGGGCAAAUGAUACGGGUUUUUAGUUA